ACUGUUAGUGAUGGGCGAUAAGCGCCUUCCCAAUUCUUGGUUUAUUUUUUAAAUUCUUCGUCAAAACAAUAACAACACGUCUUGCAUAUUUAUUUUUUUUUUAAAUUUAAUUAAACAAUAAACCUUUAUUUACCCGUAACUCCACAAACAAUCAAAGUGUUACCGAAUUUGCCAAGCGAAAACCAAGAGGCGAUAGAACGCAACGAGUUUCCCGCCUAAAUGAGCGGCGUCUGAGUUUUUUUUUUUUUGUAUAAAUACAAAAUAAUUGCGAAAUGCCCAUAGCGUCCUUUAAGUGCGUACGCGAAGUGAGCAGCGAGGAUGCGGUGCAUGUGGCGGAGAAUCUGCUGAAGGAGAGCGCCGGCAAGAAGUGGCGCACCAAAUCGGGCAAUGAGAAGUCCGCCUAUGUGAUUCUGGAGUUCCAGGAACCGCAGCAAAUCACGGGUAUUGACAUUGGCAACGAACAUUCGGCCUUCAUCGAGGUGCUGGUCAGUCGUACCGGCUGCCAGACGGACGAUUUCCGCGAGCUGCUCCUGUCCAGCUCGUUUAUGACCCCAAUCGAGAGCAAGAACUCGAGUAACCAGAACCGUGUGCGCUGCUUUAGCAGCCAGUCAUUGGACCAGACCACCCUGCCCGAGAAGUGGAAGCUGCUGAAGAUUGUGUGCACGCAGCCCUUCAAUCGGCAUGUCCAGUAUGGCAUAUCGUUUGUCAAGGUGCAUGUGGUUGCGGCAGCUCCUGCUCCAACUGCAGCUCCUGCCAAGGUCAAGAGUCUGCUGCCCGAAAGGAUGAUGCAGUUUGGUGCGUUCAAGCUGCGCGAAGAAUCUCCGGACUCCGAGAACGACAGCCAACUUAACCGGUUUCAAAGCUGGAAGAAGGAGUCGCACCUUAAACAGUCGCAGCAGCCGCCGGCAGCUACUACCACAGCGGCGGCCAUUAGGGAUGCUGGUAACACGGCCCUGAAAAGACUCAGCAUCGGCAAGGUCUCCGCCAGCUUGCCCAAACCCUCACCUAACCAUUCGCCCGUUCCAACUUCAGCUGGUGAUGCCAGUGACGUCAAGCCUUUGGAUCGGAAUAGGGCUUCAUUGCUGUUUGGCGAGGACGACGAUGACGAGGAUGCUGCUCAGGGGAUGCCGGAGCAAAAUGCCAAAAAGCGGCGACUGAGCAAGCAUCUGGAAGCAGACAAGGAUCGCAGGCGACUGGAGCAGGAGCAGCUGCAAAAGGAGAAGGAGCGCAAAAAGGACAAGUCCAAAUCCAGACAUUCCCUGGACAAAUCUAUCUCAAAGGAAAACAAAUCCUCAGGCAAGGAGGAGAAGUCAGCCAGAAAGGAGUUAGAGAAAGAGAAGGAGAAGGAGAAGACAGAGAGAUCCUCAUCUAAGGAGAGCAAGCCAGCAUCUAAAACAGAGGAUAAGCAUGAAAGCAGAUCCAAGCACAGAGAGGCAUCCAAGUCGAGGGACAAUUCUCGACCAUCAACCCAAAAGCGUCUCUCCUCUUCGCCUUCGAACACGCCUGCCAAAAAACCUCGGAUCAGGGAUCAGGAUUCGGAACCCAUUAUCCAAUAUCGUCCUUUCAAUCAGCUGCUUAACGGCGUGGUUCUGGUCAUCAGCGGCAUACAGAACCCCGAUCGUGCCGAUUUACGCUCAAAGGCCACCGCUUUGGGUGCCAAAUACAAAGCAGACUGGGAACCAGGAUGCACUCAUCUGAUCUGUGCCUUUAAGAAUACUCCCAAAUACAAUCAGGUGAAGGGCAAGGGCAAGAUUGUGACCCGUAGCUGGAUCGAGAAAUGCUACAAUCUUCGAAAGUAUCUUCCCUGGCGUCGCUACGCCCUGGACACCAACGAUCUGGGCCAGCCUGAAAGUGACGAGGAGCUGUGUGAUGAGGCCAGAAAGCCCAGUUCACGACGAGAGUCCAACGAGGAGGAUGAUGAGACCAUCAAGGUGACAAAUACCUAUGAUGCAGAUCCCAAGGAUAAGAAGAAGGUGGUGCAGCAUCAAGAGGAGGCUUCCUCUGGCAUCGAUACGGAAGAUGAACUGCAACGUGUGGCUGAUGAGAACCGUAAGAAAAAGACAAAGCAUAGGACUCCCGUUAAAGCGAAAUCCAAUGAUGAUAUAUACGAUGUAAGCACCGAGGAAGAGGAUUUUCUGAUUGAAAAAAAAAAGCAGACAAUCGUUAUCGAUUGAGUGUCAUAUUAUUUGAGGUAUUUCCUUGGAUUUCAAAAGGCUUAAGUUAAUCCUCCUUUAAAUAUUCCACUUAUUUGAUAAUUAUUUGUUUUUGUUUUAAAGUCUUUUUGAGUGCUGGCUGUUCCGUAAUGACAAUGUUUAAUAAUAAAAUAAGAAGAUA